AUGGCAGCCUUCCCUUGUGAUUAUGAGAUCCAUGCCUCUGAACUCAUCAAACUUUGGAUUGCUGAGUGCUUUAUAGAAUGUGGAAAUGAAUCUAUAAGCGCAGAAAUGGUUGCGGAGAAGUGCUUGGAGGAUCUGAUCAAGCAAAGUCUAGUUUUGAUCAGUAGCCGCCGGAAAAUUGAUGGCAAAAUUAAAAGUUGCAGGCUGCAUAGUAUGGUACAGGACUUUUGUGUGAGACAGGCCGGAGAAGAGAAGUUCCUUCUUCAUGUUAUGGACUACUUCCCUACUCCUAUCUUCAGAAAAUAUUUUCUUCCACAAGUCCUCCAAAAUCAUCCACGCAUAAGUGUUAGUUGGCAUGAUCUACGUCUUAGAAACUCUACGCAUAGCUCAUGUACCACUUCUAUCAUAUGCAUCCCGCAAAGAGGGUAUAGGCCUAAAUGCUCUGUACAAAACUUUACUUCACUUAGGGUCCUUCAUGUUUUACGUAGAGAUGAUCGUUCGUAUUGGGAACUAGGUCAAGUUUUUGAAUUGAUUAAUCUCACUUACCUUGCUUUCAACAUUCCCGAUAGUAUUGUCCCUCCAGCUAUAGCAAAGCUUCGGAAUCUGCAGACUUUAAUAAUUUAUAGAGAUGGGGUUCAUUUGCCAGUGGAGAUUUGGAAGCUAAGUGGAGGGAUGGUGGAAAUGAUCCCAAAUAUAAAUAAGUUGGGAAUAUUCUACUCUGAAGAGAAGUUUGAUGCAAGCUAUCAUGUUGACUAUCUUAUAAAUUUGGUUCGACUUGAGAAGCUGAAAUUGGAGAAGCAUAGUUCAUUUGUGCCUCGUCCGAAUUUUGUUUUUCCUCGGUCGCUGAAAGAGUUAGAACUGAGUGGCAGGUGGAUUUCUUGGAGUCAUAUGACGAUUGUUGGUUCGUUGCCUAAUCUUCAAGUGCUGAAACUAAAGAAAUAUGCUUGCUACGGGGAACAUUGGGGAACCAUUGACGUGGAACAUUGGGGAAUCAAUGACGGGGGAAUUUCGUAA